GAUGAAAUUUGCAUCAUCAUCAUUUUAGAUUUUUUUUCCCUUUGAAUCUCGUGAGCCUGCAUCAAACAAUCAACCCCCCCCACCACCACAUACACAGUUUGCAUGACCUGCCUCUGUCCCAAUUCCGUCCUGAUAAUUCCUUUACUCUCACUGUACUCUUUCUCACUCCUCUGUCACCCGCCUUUUUCUCUCUCUCUUGUCCGCUCCUCCAUCCGGACCCCGCCGGCGUCUGCGCGUCUCGUUCGCCGCAUCCAUUCGUUGCUUGGAAUGGUCCCCAGAUGUACGACAGGUAGUAGCAGCAGCAGCAGCAGCAACAACAGGCUAUGCCCUUGCGGCCAAUUCUCUCGCGCCCUCGCUCUCUCUAACUCUCAAUCUGUUACAACGACGAUCAUCCCGCUGCCGCCCCCGCGCCCGCGUUGACACUCUUUUCUCGUGCGGACUAUCUUGCUCAUCCCCUAUUGCCCUUUACCCUUUUGCCCAGUGCCUGUACUCCAUCCGUGUUUCUCUUGGUUCCCCAUAGGUUCCCACGCACACACAUGCCACCCGAUGCCCAUGCAACUCUUACUCUAUCCAGGACGCCCCAUUGGGCCUUGGCCUCACUG